CAUUCUCUUGUGUGCUGUCAAACAAAUACAGCACGUGUAAAAAUGCGUAUAGAAACUUGUUAUUUCUGUUCCUCCAGGAUUUAUCCUGGCCACGGCAUACAAUUUGUGAGAAACGACUGCAAAAUUUUUAGGUUUUGCCGAUCAAAAUGCCAUGCAGCGUUCAAAAAGAAGAAGAACCCGCGUAAGACCAAAUGGACCAAAACAUACAGAAAGACAGCGGGCAAAGAUCUGGCGAUCGACCCAUCGUUCGAGUUCGAGAAGCGUCGUAAUAUCCCGGUGAAAUACAACAGAGAGUUGUGGACGAAGACCAUCGAGGCCAUGAAGAAGGUCGAGGAGAUCCGCCAGAGGAGGGCUAACAACCACAUCAUGCAGAGACUGAGGAAGGGACGAGAGAUUGAGUGGCAGAGAGACGUCAGAGAAGUACAGAGAGAUAUCUCACUUAUAAGAUCACCAGCGGCAGGCCUUAAACAGAGACAGGCAGAAGAAGAGAUGGACGUAGAACCUGAGACUAUUGAGGUCAUUGAUGCUAAGGGUCGGAAACAAGUAAUUGAAGCACCCAUCAUGGUGCCUGCAACAGGAGACAUGGUUGAAGACGUUGAGCUAUAGGCACUCGGAUAUAUGUGAUUAAACUGUUAACGCAAGCUUCAAAUUGUACAAUAGUAUUUUCUUGAAGUAAACAUUUGUGAGUUAAGAUAAAAUAAACUUUACAAAUACUGUUUCUGUCUCAGAUUUUAACAAUAUAUUUACUAGCCAUCUAAUUACACUUAGAUCCUACAAUAAAGAUAGCAAGACAGAAA